AUGCCAUCGAGCACGAAAGCUACGAAACAAUUAAGAGAGAGUUAUGGUUCUUCGCUGCCAUACAAACAUGCAGUCAUCGGUGCUUUGUUCGAUCCCGACCUCCUCAGAGCGGCGCAAAAAGAGAUCAUUAAGGGGUUGAACUUUUCUGAAAAGGAGACGGACAUUUAUAAGGUGUUUCAAACUGGUGAUUUAGCGUCGUUAUCGUACCUCACACAUGCCCAAUUGUCACUGUUCCCUAAUCUCUUGAAGCUACGCGACGCCCUCUACUCGUCGACAUUCCGUAAAUUUCUGCAACAAGUCACUGGGUGUGGAUCAUUAUCGGGUGUGAAGCAAGACAUGUCCAUUAACUCUUACCGUUCUGGAUGUCAUUUACUGAACCACGAUGACGUGAUCGGCACACGAAGAGUGAGCUACAUACUGUACAUGCCGAUUCAGAAUGACCACGAAAUCGAAUGGGACCCUUCAUGGGGGGGAGCACUCGAAUUCUAUCCAGUGAAAUCCAUUGGGAUGAGUUUCGAGCCAGAACCUUCUCCUUCAAGGGCACUUCCUCCUUCGUGGAACCAGUUCGUGUUCUUUGAAGUUCAACCUGGUCACAGCUUCCAUUCCGUCGAAGAAGUGGUUGUUGGUGGCCCCAAUGAUUCAAGGCAACGGCUCAGUGUUAGCGGGUGGUACCACGCCCCUCAGUUUGGGGAGGAAGGUUUCGAGGAUAAUGAUGACAAAGAUGUUAGACAGAAGCAGAGCUCGCUCAGUCAACUGUCUUCAUCGGUCACGGGGGACCUCGUUGACUACUCUGCAGACCUCGGUUCAACAGCCGAAGAACUAGGCCCUGUUGAGAUUCAAGAAUUAUCCGCAUUCUUGAAUCCCGCCUACUUGCUCCCCUCAACUUUAAACGCGUUGCACCAGAAAUUCACAGCAGACUCAAGUAUCCAGUUAGUCGAUUUUCUAAAGGAGGAUAUUGCGCGAACGUUAUGCGACGCGCUUCGUAAUGAAGAUCAAACAGAUGGCUUAGGGUAUUCAAGAACACGUCGUAUACCAACUCACAUUAGUGGAUUAGCCACCAGACGCUGGAAAAUCAAAGGGCCACCACACAAACACCGUUUCUGCGUCCUUGAUCACAAUUCGUCUUCCCAAAUAUCCACAGCAUCCAGUACACUUUACAAACUUGAAACAGGUCUUUUUACAUCCCCCGCAUUCCGGAAAUGGUUACACAUAAUUUCGUCUUAUACCCCCACCAAGUACUUCACUCAGGCAAGGAGAUUUAGGCCUGGAUUGGAUUAUACUCUCGCCCGUUCUAGCGACGAGGAGCCUAGAUUAGAUGCCAUUCUUGGACUUACCCCCCCAUUUGUGGAGGGUAAAACGAAUCAAUGGGAAGAGGGUCAAUGGGGAGGCUGGGAGUGCUACAUGGCACCACAUGAGGGGGAGGAUGACCCUGCUGUUUAUCGUUCGGGAUCAAUGAGAUCUCAUCCUGGGACUGGCGAGGUGGAGGAAGACGGCGAGGGCACGCUGCUUACUGUACAGGCACAGUUUAACCGACUCUUGCUCGUGCUACGAGACGAGGGCGUCCUUCGAUUCGUAAAAUAUGUUUCUGCCGCCGCACCAGGAAGUCGAUGGGACAUCUGUGGAGAAUAUUCGGUUGACACGUUUGGAGAAGCCGACGGAGUUUGAAUCAGUGUUGUAUUCGAAGCAUGCCAUCCCGAU